UUUGUCUUCGGUUUUGUUGGUGAUAGUUUGAGAAGUCAAGUUGUUAUGGGUAAAGACAGGAUCAGUCAGUUGCCUGAAGAGUUGCUUCUAAAGAUACUGUCUUCACUCGCUACAAAAACUGUCAUAGCCACAAGUGUUUUGUCUAAACGAUGGCGGUCUCUUUGGAAGUUGGUACCGAAACUAGAGUUCGAAUAUGAUGAGAAUCGGAGUACCGCAGAGAAUAUUGGCAGGUCUUUGCUUUUACAUAAAGCUCCAGUUCUAGAGAGUUUGCGUCUCACAGGUUUAUGUGAGGAUAUAGAUGUUGGACUAUGGGCUGGAAUUUCAUUUGCACGCAAUGUGCGUGAGUUCGUACUCCAAGCUUCGGUUUCCAAUUUGCUACCAGUCCGAUUUCCAAGUAGCUUGUUUUUCUGCGAUACACUACAGACCUUGAAACUCAAGAAUCCUCCGAUUGAAAUACAUGUUCCUUCUCCUGUUUCUAUGAAGUCUCUUAGAACUCUUCACCUUGACUCUGUGACGUACAAAGACAACACAUCCCUUCGUAACCUUUUAUCCGGCUGCCCUAAUCUUGAAGAAUUGCUUGUGCAUCGAGGUCCCCCUAAUUGUGUAAUGAAAUUUACUAUUAUGGUGCCAUCUUUGAAGAGACUAUCGAUUAAAGAUUGCACUAGUCGAUGGAAAGGGGGAUAUGUGAUAAACGCUCCAUCUUUGAAAUACUUGCAAAUUGAAAGGUUAAAAGGUUGUGUGAGUUGUCUGAUUGAGGAUGCGCCUGAGCUAGUUGAGGCAAAUAUUAGAAACAUUUCUAACAUUUUGGGAUCUCUCAAGUCAGCCAAGCGUCUUUCCUUGGACGUAUGGCCUGUGACUAUUGAUUAUUAUCAUGCCGGAGCUAUAUUCUAUCAGCUGGUAUAUCUAGAGAUGAAUACACAUAAAGCUGGGUGGUGGAAUCUACUUACGACCAUGCUCAAUAGCUCUCCUAAACUACAAGUCCUCAAACAAAAGCAGGAUUUUAGUAUAGAUGAUGUGGUUGGCGAGAGAUGGAAAAGGCCAGGGCGUGUUCCUGAAUGUUUACUGUCACAGACAUUUGUGUGGAAAAAAUAUGAUUUGAGAAGAGGAAAAGGGAUAAUGGUGGCUAAGUACAUUCUAAGGAACGCAAGUUGUUUGAAGAAGGCAACUUUCUCCACAAGACCCAUUGAAUCCAACGAGAAGCUUGAAAUACUCAACGAGAUGAAUGGUAUGGUCAAGGCUUCAAAAUCAUGCCACCUCGACCUUGUGUUUGAAUAA